AUGGCUAGGCUGUCAGAGCCGAGGAAGGGCAGUAGCCAGAAACGCAGACAUUCUGGUGCGGAAAAGGCUGCUGAAGAUCCUUCCGUUUUUGACGGACCAUCAGACGACGCCCAAAUGGAUGAGAGGAGCGGGCCGCCAGCGAAGAAGAGACGGAGCGAGCCGAAAUCAGCUGCUGGUGAGAAUGGCGAUUCGGGUGAACUAGAGACGUCGAAACCUUCUGCCUUGUUUACACCAAGAGCGGGGAGGAAGUGGACGUUGAGUAUGGCUGUAGCCGGCAGCAUCAUAGCCAACGUUGUGGAACCAAAAUUCAAGACGAUGUUGGCUGGACGCAUUGCGCGUAUGGCUGCUGUGUUCUGCGUCGAUGAGGUUGUGGUUUUUGACGAUGACCCAACUAACAUCCCCAAAUACAUCGACCCCUACUACAAGAAAGGAAAGAAGACCAAAGCGCAAGUUCUGGAAUCCAUUGUCGAAAACGACGAGCCAUGGCAAAACCCCGAUCAAUUCCUUUUCCAUGUUUUGAGCUACGCGGAGUGUCCACCACAUCUUCGAAUGGACCGCGAAAAUCCCAGCGCAAAUCUAUUCCCCUUCCACCAGAACCUUCAAUGGGCAGGCCAGUUACCUAGCUUGGACAUGCCGCAUCAUUUAAAGAGUCACGAGUGGUGCCGAUACCGGGAAGGUGUCACGCUCGGCCCAGCAAAGUCGGGGAAAUCGAAACAAGCAUAUACCUACGUGAAGUGUGGCCUUCCAUUCCCUAUCAGAAUACCGAAUGAAGUCCCGCCAUCCAUGCGUAUCACACUCAAAUUUACGGACCCAAAUCAACCUCGCUCAUGGCCGCACUUGAGUCAGCAAGAGUGUGAGAAUUUGGAGGUCGAGGCCGUGUCACCUGCGGCACCGCGUGAAGAAGAAGGUUAUUAUUGGGGCUAUCAAGUUCGCCGCGCCGCGAGCCUGUCGGACGUCUUCACAGAGCCUGGAUUUCAAGGUGGCUACGACGUCUCAAUUGGCACAUCAGAGCGCGGCGCGCCGCUGAACGCUGUUUUACCAAAGCACCUCGUACCGAGCAAUACGAAACGAGACGGCAAUGUUGCGCAGCUGCCUUCGGAGUUCAACCAUCUCCUCAUUGUCUUCGGUGGGGUUGCAGGUCUGGAACCAGCUGUAGCUACGGACCCAGAAUUCAGCAAAGCUGGUCUCACAAAGGAGACAGCUCACGAAGCAUUCGAUGCAUGGGUCAAUUUGGUGCAAGGUCAAGGAAGUAGGACUAUCAGGACAGAGGAGGCUGUGGAGUUUGGAUUGUUUGGCAUCAAGAGCUAUGUGGACUCGAUGUAUGACCGGCAUACGUGA